AUGGCGGCGAAGAAAUUCUGGAAUAUGGUUCGAGCAAUCGCGUUGAUGCUGCGAAAGGAGUUAUCAAAAGGCAGAAUCAUAAUGUCCGAUCUUCAUUUGAUGAUGAAGAGAGGCAAGCUCGCCGGAAAGGCUAUGCUCAAUCUGAUGCAUCUCCACCAGAGCUCCGGUACUCUCAGCAGCCAGACCACCACCGAUAUAGCUAAUUCCAUCGCCAUUGCUCCACAGGACUACGAGUUCAGUUGCAGUAACAGCCCUGCUUUUCCAGCGCUGCAGAUCUACGGCAAGCGUGGUGGCAAGAACCGCCAUCGAUACAACGACGUAACCACCGUCGGCGCCGUGAAACGAGUACUACAGAUGUUAAACAGCGAAGCAGCGGCAGCGGAUGUAGCGUCGCCGAUGGUGAAGUUUGAAAAGAAUCCGACGGUUAGAGUAACAGACUCGCCGUUUCCGGUGAAGGACGACGGGGACCACAAGGUGGACGAAGCGGCAGAGGCGUUUAUCAAACGGUUUUACAGUAACCUGAAGCAGCAGAGAAUCACGCCGGGUAUGGAAUCUCCGUCGCCGUACCACGAUAUGUGGGGCCGAUGA